UCGAUAACCAGGCAACCACCACCGAUUACACCUACGAAUGACAUCCCUGGCUGUCACCGAGCUGUCAGUGGGUUCUUCAUACGUGUCGCGUCGUUCGCUUUCACAUUCGUUUUAUUUUUGGGCUGAAAGAGCUUCACAACAACACAUAAAAUGGCUCCUCCACAGAGAAUGCGCGUCGCCAACGAGAAGGCCAGCAAAUAUGUGACAAUGCGUGGCAAUGUACCAAAAUCCUCGAAAGCGAAAGAGGGACAGUACCCCGUUGGACCCUGGCUCUUGGCGCUGUUCAUCUUCGUUGUCUGCGGCUCGGCUAUUUUCCAAAUCAUUCAGUCGAUUCGCGCUGCGUAAAUGGUUCCAGAUGACGGACUGUAGCAAUAAACAACUGAAGAUACUUCUUUCUGUAACUCCGGAUCUAAAUUCUAUAUCCUUCCCAAAAAUCCUUUAAUAGCUGAAUUAUAACUAUCCCCGGCAAUAUGUGCAACGUCCGCUGAGGAUGAGCCUCAAAAACUUUGCUUUCCAGUUCAUUUUAGGUUUGCAAUAUGAAACUCUGUCAACAGAGGCAAAAUUCAAGUCCAUUUUACGCAUUUUGUAUUAAUUUUAAGCCUAAAAAAAACUGAAAAUUAUGUGCAUUCCUGCAAUUCUCUCUGUACACUUACGAAUUAACUGAACUAUUGCUGAUUGUGUUGGUGGCAGUCACAAUUUUAUUGACGAUAGAAUGCAUUUCUAAGAUGCUUCUCAAUGCAGUUUUAAAUAGUGCAAAGUGUUUAAGCGUUGUUUUCCAAAGCGAAAACUAAAGGAGAAGUAACUAAGAGUACAUACAUAAUGAUGAAUAAUAUAUGAUAAUUUUUUACCUAA